AUGCCAUCUCAACCCGGAGACGGCAAAAUACCACACCACUUCCGCCUCUUAGACCUCCCAGCAGAGCUCCGCGAACACAUCUUCGCCUUCGCAGUGCUCUCAGACCUCCCCAUCUCCCCACGCGUCUUCAUCCCACGAGAUGCCUUUGUCCUUCGCCUCCCGGCAGUCACGCACGUCAACAGACAGGUUCGGCAGGAGAGUCUACCGCUAUACUUCGAAGUCAACACCUUCCAAUUCAACGUCAAAGAUGUGAUGGAAUUACCCUUAGCCCAGGACCUGCGUUAUGAGAAGAAGCUGCUCACAUUCGGUGCGUGGUGCGAAGCUGCUGGAGCCGAUCAAUUCCGGCGGAUCAGACACUAUUCGUUGAAGACUUCGAGUGCGGUUAGUGCUCCUGCUGUCAUGCUGGAUCUGGGUGCGAGCAGGCAGUUUAGGAUGGAGGUGAGGUGUUAUUGGCAGGGUGGGAUGAGGAAGCGGCCUCGGUUGCAAAUUGGAGAGGCGCCUGAGGUGCUGUAUGAUGUGGUCCGAGGAAUGUUGGAAACGAAUGAUGGAAAGGGACUUUUGCCGGGUGAUGUUGUGGACCUGUGUGGCGAGGUUCAAUUGUGUGUGCCGCGGAUGCUGCAUGGGAUACCAUGA